GUUUGAGCUUUAAAGGUCGCCGUAAAAAAAAGAAAAGAUUGUUCCUUCUUCGAAUUUAAAACCCUAGAAUUUGGGGAUUUGCUGCUAUUGGACUUUCUUUGUUGAAAUCGAAAUGGUAGGAAAUUCGCUGGCUGGAUUGCAAGAUCACUUGAAAUUGGCCCGAGAAUACGCUCUCGAAGGCCUCUACGACACUUCCAUUAUCUUCUUUGAUGGCGCCAUUUCUCAGAUCAACAAGCAUCUAACCAGUCUUGAUGACCCACUAAUUCGUGCAAAAUGGAUGAAUGUAAAGAAAGCACUAUCAGAGGAGACAGAAGUUGUGAAGCGAUUGGAUGCUGAGAGAAGGUCGUUUAAGGAAGCUCCCAAUGGGCGGCGUCCUUCUUCACCACCGAUUCAUGCUAAGUCAUCUUUUGUAUUCCAACCAUUAGAUGAGUACCCGACUUCAUCAGGUGCCCCAAUGGAUGAUCCUGAUGUGUGGAGGCCUCCAAGUCGGGACACUUCAAGUAGAAGACCUGCAAGGGCUGGUCAAGUGGGCACGAGGAAAUCGCCCCAAGAUGGGGCUUUGGGUCGUGGCAAUACUAGAAUUGGUACGACUGGACGUGGUGCUAAGGCAGGUGGUUCAAGUAGGACUAAUGCAGGGACCAGAGCAUCUACCACUGGAAAGAAGGGUACUGGCUCAGGGAAAUCUACCAAAGGAGAUUUAGUGAAUGGUGAUACUGAAGAUGGGAAGUCUAAAAGGUCACAGUAUGAGGGACCUGAUCCAGAUCUGGCAGCAAUGUUAGAAAGGGAUGUUUUAGAAACAACUCCUGGAGUACGGUGGGAUGAUGUUGCUGGUUUGACUGAGGCAAAAAGGCUUUUAGAGGAAGCAGUUGUUCUUCCUUUAUGGAUGCCUGAAUAUUUUCAGGGUAUUAGGAGACCAUGGAAAGGAGUUCUUAUGUUUGGACCUCCUGGUACUGGGAAAACUCUUCUGGCUAAAGCCGUUGCCACUGAAUGUGGUACAACCUUUUUCAAUGUUUCUUCUGCUACAUUAGCCUCAAAGUGGCGUGGGGAGAGUGAGCGCAUGGUCCGGUGCUUGUUUGAUCUAGCAAGAGCUUAUGCUCCUAGUACAAUUUUUAUUGAUGAGAUUGACUCUCUUUGCAAUGCCCGUGGGGCUUCUGGGGAGCAUGAGUCGUCUAGAAGGGUGAAAUCUGAACUGCUUGUUCAAGUAGAUGGUGUAAAUAAUACAGGCACAAAUGAAGAUGGUAGCCGUAAAAUAGUGAUGGUUUUGGCUGCAACUAAUUUCCCGUGGGACAUAGAUGAGGCACUCAGGAGGCGACUGGAAAAACGUAUAUAUAUUCCCCUGCCCAACUUCGAGAGUCGUAAGGAGCUCAUUUGGAUCAAUUUAAAAACAGUUGAGGGAUUUAAUGAUUGGAUCGAUACUCACCGAUGGGAGAAAUCUUCUAAAUUUACUCCAGUUUCCUUGCAAAUUAACCCCGAAAAACAUAGGCCAAUGGCUACUAUGCCUGUUAUGGUAGCUGCUGAUAUGGAUAUCGAUGAAGUGGCUCGUCGGACAGAAGGGUAUAGUGGGGAUGAUCUGACCAAUGUUUGCCGUGAUGCUUCCUUAAAUGGCAUGAGGCGUAAAAUAGCCGGAAAAACGCGUGACGAGAUUAAGAACAUGUCGAAAGAUGAGAUUUCAAAGGAUCCCGUAGCAAUGUGCGACUUUGAAGAAGCCUUGUCGAAGGUCCAGCGAAGUGUUUCACAUGCCGAUAUCGAGAAGCAUGAAAAAUGGUUUACCGAAUUUGGAUCGGCAUAAUGAAAAGACUAACACCUGCGUGUGGAUGGUAAUGUUGUUUGCUUUCCUGAUAUGUUUGUACUGAAAGGGUGUUUCAUUGUAAUUUCUUAAAGUUCGUACAUUGUUGUUAUUUGUACCUGUAA